AUGGCCGCAGAUGCGUCGGAAAGGAAGGCUCUGAGAUACAAGCAAACCCUGGUCAGUGUCUCCUUCUUCUUCUUUGUCUCUUUCUCUUUCUGUCUCUCAAAGUCUGUCUCUUAUUAGUCAGCCUGUUUUUGUCUCCUCCACUUGUUUGACUUACUCACCUUACUCCUUUUAUGACACACCUGCAACGAUAGUGAAUCCUGUAUGCCCAUGGCAGAAGUCUGUCCUACUUAUGUGUGUACCUGAGAAGGAGCCUCAUAUUGUGUGUGUGUGUGUGUGUCUGUGUGUGUGUGUGCGAGUGCGAGUUGUAGACAUGGUGAAGACCAAUUAGCUGAUGUAUAACAACAGGGUCACGCACAUGGUCAAGCAACAGGUGCUUAGGCACUGUGCACCUCCUUCACCCUUGAUCUCAGCAUGCACAGACACACACGCACACCACACACACACACUUUGUUGCUGUCUUGCUGUUUCCCCGCUCUAGAGCCGGCCACCUGUUUGCUCCCCUCUCCGCGCCUUGUUACUUAAGCCCUGAUUGGUCUUUACACAAGUAGGAAGGACUUCUACGUUGGCAUGAUUGUAUGCGUGAAAGUCUAUGUGCAGUAUGUGUCCUUGCAUUUACAUCUGUGUUCAUGUGCAUGGUGUGUGUUUUAGAGAGGGGAAACCCGAGCACUCAUUUGCAGGAGUGCUAAUCCUUAAUAUUCAUGCGGUUACAUGUGUUUUUUUGGACAAAGCUGUGUGAAGAGUGUCUAAAAGCAUAUGAUGUACCAGAAGGGAUUUGGGAUGCACGCUUAGAGACCACAGAGAUGGAACAAUUAAGAGUGUUAUGCAGUUUGAUAGAAUAGCCUUGAGAUAAUCCCUGGUCAUUAGUUUACAGUUUAGUGGAUAUUAAUGGGUGACUCAAGAUUUGUCAGUGAGUGCUCAUGAGGCAGAAGUCAGACUUUGAUGAACUUUUAUUAGUUCGAUACUACAAGUUUUUUAUUUUGUUCAAAAAGUAAGUACGUGCUGCUAGCACUGCUGCACAGUUUUCCAACUUUGUGUUUCCAUUCUAUUUCAUUUUUGGUUUAUAAUGCUACUCUUUUUUCUCGCUUACUUCAACUCUAAAGAGUAGAAUGGUUUAUCGGCGAGCCGAUUAAAAUCCAUAUCGGUCCGGCCCUAAUGGAAAGAGUGAGUCGCAUCUGCUGACUUAAAGGGAUAGUCUGGCAUAAAACUAAGUUAGGACCCUAAGUUUGACUAAGGGUCAAACGCACCAUAACACUAAGUUAGACGACCCCUCGAGAGAUGAAUGUUAAUGACCGCUUGCUUCUCUAGUUAUACCAACUUUAGUACUGGACUGCUGCAGGGUGACGCAGCUCAAGGAAGAACAUUUCUAAUCAUUUCUUCAUCAUUUCCUUGAAGUAAUAAUUACCAUAUUAAUCAUUUUGGACUGCAGAUGCAGCAGUUCUUCUGCCGCAGUGUCUCGGUCUGAUUGCAUUUCCAUGAAGAAAUGAUCAUAAAUGUUCUUCCUUGAGCUGCAUCACCCCGCUGAAGUCUGUAAUGGACUGACCCGAGGCUACAAACAAUCGGCUGCUGGAGGAGAAGAGGUGAGUUGUGUUUAGUCUCUUUCCUAAGGAAAUUAGUCAAAGUUAAAAAGAUGUUAGAUGGCUAGUACUAUGGCUGGGACCCUAUAUGUACUGUUGAUGAAGUUAGGUGCUGUUCUGAGCAUUAUUUGUGGCUAUAGAGUGGCUUUUUGGUUGAGUGCGUGGCUCUGUGUAUUGCUAUCUGCGGUCAUUACUGAAGUUGGUAUAACUAGAGAAGCAAGCGGCCGUCAACAUUCAUCUCUCGACGGGGAUGUCUUGGUGUUACGGUGUGUUUGACCCUAAAUUUAUUUUACGCCGGAAUAUCCCUUUAACUCAAAAGAGUGUGGAAAGAGUGAGUCAUAUCCCAUGACUAAGGAGCCUUUUCAGAAUCAGUUUUCUCACUUUGGUUAUCCUUUGCAUGUGCCGCCCUGACAUUUACACUUACCACUAAAUCUUAACAGAUGUACAUUUUUCAGGAUCUACCGUAGCUCAAAGGUGCUUUUCUGAGCGAAGACCUCCACUGCAUGCAAGAAAGUCCACGACAUGCAGCAUCUGUGCAACUGUGGUGCACUCGCUGCUUGUACGGUAGCUGUGCCCAAUGUAUAUAGCAUUUGUGGUUGUAAGGUACAUAUAAGCUGAGUGAGUAUAUCAGGUGUGGCUUGCGCAAGCGUUGGCUGUUUCACAAUGUGUAACCUUAGGAAGGAGAGUUAGGAGGCUUUGUAAACAACAAUAACAAAAAACAUAACUAUGAUCUAUAACCAGAAUUACAUCUAAAAUAUUUCAUGUAACAGAUAACUUUUUAAUGCCUUUAUAAAAUGAAUGAAAUAGAUUUUUUAAUGCCAAAUAAAUCUGUUUAGCCUCUAUUGUGGUCUGAAAAUAGACAGGUAACAUGUGAGGCUACACACAAGGCCUGCGGUGCACCUCACAAUGUGUCUGAGUUUAUGAUCGAUAAUUCAUGAGGAAUGAUCUUCCUCUUUAGAGUCUCUGCAGUGUUCAGCUGCAUGAGGGCAUGUGAUCAUGGUGACCUAUGGAGUUUAAUAGUGUAUGAAAUCCUAUGCCUGUGGGUAGUCAGGAAGUGCAAAGUCAACUAACCUGUGUGUGUAUGUGUGUGUGCAUGGUCUGUAGUAACCCUAAUGUUUACUGGGUCACUCACAGGUGCAGAGUUAUAUACAUCUGUGUUGUGUCAUAUGUUUCUUUGUUUAUGGAAGUACAUUGUGUCCUAUCAUUGUUGUUUCCCUCUCAAUCCUUUGACCCAACUUCAAACAUGAAGAAGUCAUAAAAAACCCAAAUGUCAUAAAGAUUAAGAGUCAUUACCACCAACACAGUUUACAAAGACAGCGCAUGUUGUGCCGAGUCAUGCAAAGAAUGUAUGGAGAUAAACCCUCCUCUAUUUUUGAAGACCUUCAUGUGCUUUAGAUUUGACUUAGAAUUGACAGCUUAUAAAGGCAUGCACUCACAUUCAGAUCUACACAUGUAGCAAAGCAUGAAGGUAUUUGUACGUCAAAGACAAAUGACAUUCAGCUAAGCUCAUCCUCACGGUGUGCAAUGUGAAAUAAUCCAGUUUGGAAAACAAGAUCUAUACCACUUCAGCCUCACUGCAUCAUCAAUAGAUGUUUGAACCCUUAUUACAAGCAGAGGAAAUUCAGUUGGUACAAAACUGUUCACAUCUGUUAAGUUAAUAAGAUGUUUUUGUUAAUUAAGCUAAUUUGUCAGUUUAAAACCAGUAAAUGCACCCCAAACAUGCUGUAUUUGUGUAGCCUAGCAGCCUUUCUAUUGCUAUCAGCUCAGUCUGUAGUAAGCCCAGUAGUUGUGAUCUAAAAGUCAUAUACAGAAGAAGACGGUGAGAUGGUGUGACACAGAUUGACCACAAUUUUCCAGCAAUUACAGAAAUUUUUGACCUGCUAAUAAACACUAAUGUGUUCAGUUUAAGUAGUAUAGUGUUCCUUCACCCAUACCCUCUUCUCCUCCACCUGUCUCUCUAUUUCUCCAUGUAGGUGUCAGAGCCUCUGUCAGAGGGAUGAACACUGUGUGUUAUAAGUGGGAGGGGGAUUUGAUUUGAUAGCAGAAAAUAGGCUGAAAGAUCAACUGAUGAUAGUGAUAUGGAAAGUUUUGAUUGUUUCUUAGCACUUGGAAUACUCUGCAUUUAUCUGGAAUAAAGUCCUGUAUUUUUGUACACUUCAGAACAUAGAGUAUUGCAGAAAGAAGAGUCACAAGAUUUUUUUGUUUCAUGUUGGUGCAGCCCUACCACAGACCCUUAAAUGGUGUCUUAAAGUCUUAAAUUGUGAAGUUUUUCAAUCAAACCACAAUCCAAAAGGUUUAUUUACCCUAAGAGUAUGCCACUGUUUUCUUUGAAAGCAUGAUGAUGACCAUACAACCUGACUAAACAAGUGAGUUUAUUGCCAUGGCUCCUCCAAAAACAGUCCUCCAUGUUAUAAAUCAGAAUAGAAAGGUCUAACAAGAGGACAUGAAACAACAUUUUAAAAUAGUCUUGUUAUGUUUGCUUUAUUAAUUCACAGCAGAUGUGUUCAUUUACCACAAUUUCAAAGCAAAGGAGGAGUGUUUCAUUUCAAUUGGUCAUAAGUGUGUGUCUGUGUUUGCUUAUGUGCGCUCCUUUACCUUUAGUGUCACGAGAAACAACAUCAUAGCAUCAAUAAACUGUUUUAUUUUUGGUUACAGGAGUUAAAAAAUGUUCUAUUUCUAUUCUAUGUUCUCAAGAUUUUGCCAGUAUUUAAAAAUAUUAAUAAUACUAAUAUUCAAGGUUGUUUUAUAUUUGACUUCUUGCUUUCAUGACUGUAAUUUAACAGCAUUUGACUCCUGAUACUUUUUAAAAACAUAUUUAUUCAAAGAGGACAGGACAGUGGAUAGAGCUGAAGGAGAGUGGUGAGGACCUGAGCCGUCUGCUGAGGACUAUAGCCUCUGCCACUUCACCACAGCGCCUCAACAUUCAGUAUCAUUUAAUCAGGUUCUGUUGACAAACUGUAUCACUGGGUACAGUGUAGGUCUGCGGUCUAAGUUGCCUGGUAAACUUAAAAGAUUGAUUAAAACUAAUAGUUUUUUAGUCCUUGAAGGUUGAGAGUUGAAGGACAGAGAGAGGUGGACACAGGAAAACUGAAGAAUAUGAUGAGGCAUUGAAAGGUACACUGAAGGCAAGAGAGAGGUGUGGGAAGUGUAAUGAGGAAUAUUGGAUCGCGGUGAUCCUAAAUUUAGCUCAGAGUUGUGUUUCAACAGGAGAGAGAGAGAAGGAGAGAGCAGAGGAAAGAAAGAAAUGGAAGUAGGGGGCACUAAAGGAAAGAAGCUAAGGAGUACAAGUGAUUAGUGCAGAGUAGAGUUUCACCGGUCAAGAGGGAAAACAGGAAGGAGUGAGAGGAUGAGGUCAUGGAGUCAGGGGGGAUUUCUAACAACAUACAUAUCAACAUGGUGGCAAUAUUCCAGGUCCUUCUGUCCUGGUCUGAUCCGGACUGAAAAGCUGUUUUUGUUUCCAAACAUUUAAAUAAGGUGUUCUGAUAAAUUUAUUUUUUACUACCUCCAUCAUAGUUAGGUUUUUGUGGCUUUUGUCAUCAAAAGCCACAAACCCGGUGCCUCGUUGUUAGUUUGUUGUCCAGGACUUGAUAGUAUUUGGUUACCCCUCAGAAAGUGAUUCUAUGGAAAGUUACAGCUUUGCACCUUUUGUACGACCUGUGUUAAAUGUAGCCUCAUAGACAACCACAGAGCAGAUCUGAAGAUAACAUUUCCACUGUCCAAUUUGUGGACAAUCAAUACUUGAGAAAAGAGCAUCACGCAGCAGGACCACAGUACCACAGCCCUACCUCCUGCAGCCUGGAGUCACAUCUCUGCGUGUUUGUCACAGAUAGUUUUGCGGUCAAAAGGUAGUCAGGUGAAUUUUUAAUUGUCGAAUUGCAUCAAAAAGUUAAACUGUGCACAUGAACAGAAACAAGUAUUUUAAUGCAAAAGUUCACUGCAUUCUAAAGUGUCUACAGACAGCGGAGUGGACAAGUUUGUAAAAGGAUCUUGACACAUUUUAUUUGGUGCAAAGAAGGAUCAGUUCAGGGGUGUUACUCCAGGUGUGGUGUUUACUGUGUAUCAUGUAUCUUGUCUGGUCUUACAUUAUUUAAGAUGAUAGUUUGUUGCAUUUGUGUGUGCUGUUUUUUGUGCGUAACACCCUCGCAGACGUAAAGUUUGCAUACGUGUCAGGAAAUAUGGCCUUCUUAGAAAUCAUGUACUUUUAUUAUUUAAAUGCUUCAUUUGAGUCCCCUACAUGAUGUCAGUUUUGUUGCUAAACCAAACAAUAUUUUUAGUGUCAAAAUUCAACAUCCAAGACUGCUAUUGUUUGAGGCCGUGUUGCGUGUUGGCAUUCAGUUACAGCACAGAGUUCAAGUUUCACUCUGCAUUGACUAGCAUCUCCCCCCACACAGAAUCACCUUAUGAGCACAUAUAAGUGUGUGUGUGUGUGUGUGUGUAAACCCAUCUGUCCAUCAAUCUGUCUGACCAUGAACGUACUAAUUUAGAAGCUGCUGAAAGGUUACAGCACACGGACGUCCAAAGUGUCAGCACUACACACAGCUCACCGCCUUUUCAGCUGUAUUCUUGGAGUUCUAUUGUCUGCUGUUGAUGUACGAAGAAGAUACAGAAACUCUGGUUUUAUCCGUAUGACACAGCGGGUACAGGGCUUGGAAAAAAUUCAAAAUAUUUGAUAAUUGUAUAAAUAAUCAGAUCUCCUGUAGAGUGUUUAUCAUAAAAUAGAGGGCAGAGUUCAUCUUCUUGUUUAUGCAGAAAAACAUUCAAAUAGAUAUUAUAUAAAACUGACAAAUAUAUAACCAUUUUGAUUUAAUUUGGACACUGUAUUAGUGUUUGUUGUUUACCAUGACUUUAAAUCGAGUUGAAUGAUCUGCAGAAAACCAGCAGGCUGAAAGUUCCUUCCAGACCAGGUCAAAUCUGCCUCUGAGGUCUCUUAAUGUGGCACAUUUUGAGACACACCCCAACCCAAGCCCUCAUCUCAGUUUGACUGUACUUUUAAUUCUGCCAUAAGAAAGCCCAUUCAUCAUUGAGAACUCAUCACACUUAUUCUAACCCAGUCAGUGAUGUAUGAGUCAAAUCUAUAUUAGGAUUUAGGUUUACAUUAUGUGAAGUAAUACAGGCCAAAGAUUACCUGGUAGACGCAGUGGUAGCUCCAGAGUUUGGGUAGAGGUCUCUCAUAAUUAUGUAGUAGACUUGAUCCCAUCUGCAGAGAACUAUUGACCGAGCUAGCUAACCUGCUGGUUCUCCUGGCAGCUUCUUAUAAACAGGACAGAAUUGACCAGCUUCCACUGAAACACUUAAUAGAAACGUAACUCAUGUAACUCGACUUCAGAGACACUUUUAAAUGUACCACAGUCAAAAUGAAAACGAAGCUUAAUACUCAUCAAAAACAUCUGUGUACCUGAGCACUGAGGAGGUUACAGGAGAUUUCUUUACACCUGUAAUUAAACUGGAAUAGAUUAAAGAAGCAAUGAAGCUUUAGUUAACAACAAUAACAGCAGAAAACUGUUGGGGAAGAGAGAGAGAGAGAGACAGAGAGAGAGAUACCUCUGCUGGAGAGAAACAGGGAUGAGAAUAAAUCUCUUUGCUGGAUCACCACAGCAAUUUCCAUGGAGUCUAUCCAGACAGAGGUGAUAAAUCUCAAGGCAGAGCCCAUGUUUCCGCUUCCAUUAGAGCUGUUUGGGUCAACAUGUGGUUUCAUCUAUUUAUAAAAUGGACUCCCUUCUGCCAGGGUGCUGCAGGAAUACUAUCACACUCCACAGUCCCAUUUGUGCAGGAACUACCUGGACAUGUUUAUGUCUGAUAAUUUCUUACCUGCAGAAAGUGACUAUGGCUAGUCUAUUACAGAGAAGGAAGGGUAUGCACUGGAAAUACUCUGGGUUUUGGAUGUUUCUGUGAUUCAGUUCUAAUUGAUUGAUGGUUUUGUUUUCUGAUUAACUCGUAGCUCUAUGGGGAGUACCAGGAGAACCAAGGAGGCUCUAGCAGACGAGAGGCCACACGUCUGCUGACAGAGAGACAGAUCAAGAAACAUGGCAGUCAUCCCCGCAGCCACGGGAGGAUACGGCAUGGCCGCCGCAGCCAUGGCCAAAACGGAUACCACAGUCGACACAGCUAUUACAGCAAACAGAGGAACAGGCGUCAGUCCAACAUGGAGACCGAGCCUGCUGAAGAGCAAACAGCUGAACCUGACCAGGCCUCUUCUGUGACCAAGAAACGCUCCUACUCCAAGUGUGGAGGUAAGAAACCCCGAGAAAAGGUUGUAAACAAGUAGGACAGGAUCAAGAUGCUGCAUGAGGACCUUGUGGUUUCUCUCAUUCAGACUGCGUAGCACGAGUACAGCGGUUCCUUGUGACGAGGUUAGGUGAGGACUGGAUCUUUCUUGUUCUGCUCGGCAUCACAAUGGCACUGGUCAGCUGGAGUAUGGACUACGCCAGCGCAAAAAGCCUGCAAGGUAUGAGGACUGGGUAAAAGGAAAGAUGCUGUCUCCCUCCUCCCUUCAACCGUUCUGCUGUUCAUCCCUGUCUGUUCUCUUCAUUUCAUGAUUCCCACCCCACCCUCUCCCAGCCUAUAAAUGGAUUUAUGGGGAGCUGAGGGGGAACAUCCCCCUGCAGUACCUGGCUUGGGUUUCCUAUCCCCUGAUCUUCAUCCUGUUCUCCUCCCUCUUCUGUCACCUGGUCUCUCCUCAAGCUACCGGUCUGUACCCCCUUCUUUCUGAAGCCUCUGUCUGCAUCCUCAUGUUCUUCAUCAUCUACUUUUGAUCCCAGUGGGUUUAAUUCAAACAUAUCAAAUAAAAUGAAUGUAAAAUUUACAAUUUAAAUAAGGUUAAAAACAUAACAAUAGGCAAAGUCUCUUAGAAGAAAAGAUGGGAAGAGGAUCACCACUCUGUGUAAGGCUGUGUUAGCAAAUCCAUCAACAAUUUCAGAAUGUUCUACAGAACAGAGGUUUAAUCUGUACUAUGCAAAGUGGAAACUAUACAAAAACUAACUCCACAAGGGCCAGCAAAUUAAUUAAAGAUGGACUGAGUUCAAGUGGAAAAAUGUCCCUUUUUAUAAUCCAGGUUACAAUCGAUAUGCAACCCCUGCAGAAAUGAGAAAAUGUAAGAGGGGGCAAUUAGGCAGCCAGGGUGUUUAGUAACUCCAUACUGAAAUCAAAGGGCAACAAAUCAUGAAAAACGUAUUGACAUUUUCAUCUCAGCUAAUUGGUGAAAUCAGAUCCUGUAACAUUUGAUUGCAGUAAAACCCUGCAGAGCCUGAGCUCUCCGGGGUGCCUGAUUACCUGCCUCAGCUUCAUGAAGAAAGAACACAAAUAGUUUUCUCACGUUUUGUCGAAUCUUUCCUCACAUGAUUUAAUUGGUGAGAAUUUGUUAUUUCUCCAAAGCAAGAGGAAAUGAAAGGUGUCGUUUUGACACUUUAGGUUAAGGAAAUGUUUCCUAAACCCUUCUUCCUUUAAAAAACUUCUGUUUCACCUUUUUUUCUGCAGGUUCUGGUAUCCCAGAGUUGAAAACUAUACUGAGAGGAGUGGUGCUGAAGGAAUAUUUAACUCUAAAAGCCUUUGUUGCCAAAGUCAUCGGUCUGACCGCCGCCCUGGGCAGUGGGAUGCCUGUAGGCAAAGAGGUGGGUUAACCAGGUAAAACUGGGCCAAACAGGUUUUAAAUUAAUUAAUGAAGCAGCUUCCCACCAUUCUUACAUCCUCUAACAUCAGUCUCCUUGUGUGUUCACCUUCUCAGGGCCCUUUUGUCCACAUUGCCAGUAUCUGUGCAGCAGUUCUCAGCAGAUUCAUGUCCUUCUUCUCAGGAGUUUAUCAGGUAAGCUGAUGUCAGGAAAUAUCACACUUAACCGAUCUUAACAAGCGUGAUAAAUAAAAGAAGGCACACCACAUGAGUAUUCCUCAUCUAUGAUUGUUUUCUGUGUUCCUCAAUUCUCCUCCUCCUCCUCCUCUCUGGAUCAGUAGAAUCCAUACUGCUAUACAGACAUCCUGACAGUGGGCUGUGCUGUUGGGGUGGGUUGCUGCUUCGGUACUCCGCUGGGAGGUACACAGUUAUUUAUUUCUUUAUUUUCUAGUCAGCUUUUUGCCGGUGAGUGUAUUGCCCUUGCUUUUUUUUUUUUUUGACCUUUAAGUCUUUGUCUCUUUCUUUCUUGACCAGGCGUGCUCUUCAGUAUCGAGGUUACAUCCACAUACUUUGCUGUGAGAAACUACUGGAGGGGAUACUUUGCUGCUACAUUUAGUGCCUUUAUUUUCAGAGUUUUAUCUGUGUUCAACAAAGAUGCAGGUAAUACUUGGAGAAAAAGGUUUUCAUUAUGAAAUAAACAGUCUCUGUUUUAUUUGUAUGGAAAUCCCUGGAUACUAUUAUGACACUUUGUCCGUGUCAGACCUCUAUGGGAGGGUUUCCACGCUUGAAUACUUACCAGCUAGUUUACAUGCUUUUAGUCACUGAAAGCUUAACAUGCAUUCUCCACUAGAUGGUGUCCUCUACCACCACACAGCUCUUUGAAAGAUUUAAUACAGCAGUAUUCUUUGCUUAUUUUGCAUUGCCAAUAUGUCUGGGAAACCUAAAAACACUGGAAAAGCAGAGGUAUAAUAGACAGAAAUCCCUUUUACCUGAGGCUGUAAACACUUUACUGCUGUAAUACCUUUUUUUGAGUCUCUAAAUGUUCCUGUUUUCACUGGUUACAAAUACCAUAAAUAGUGUGAGGAAGUUUCACCUCUUGUCUUCCAGUUACGAUCACAGCUCUCUUCAGGACAAACUUUCGCAUGGAUUUCCCCUUUGACCUGCAGGAGCUGCCGGCUUUCGCAAUCAUUGGGUGAGCUACUGAAAAAUGGAGAGGGAGAUGUGUAAUUUAUGCUAGCUUUUUCUUUUUGUGUGUGUGUGCAUGCGUGUGCGUGGUAGACAUCUAAACCUCCUAAUGGACGAGACGGAAAAUGUUAAUAACUCAAAAUUUAUGCAAGUGCAGUAUUUGGAACAUCAUGAGCCUCAUUUCUGAGUUUACUGUUUACUUCAAAAGAAGAGAGGCAGGGACAGAACUCAGAUUUUCUCUUCUAUGUAACAGUGCAGUGAAACACCAGAUACAGCCCCAGCCUUUACAGUGAUUCAAUGUUCCUGUCUCUUCUUGUUUUUAGAAAGAGGAGAUGCUGUAUUAUUAUUUUUUUGUCUUAACAUCUGAUAUACUUUAAGUUUAAACAAACUCUCAGAAUCUGUUUUUAUUUACAUUUCAAUCAGUGUCCCAACUUUCUUUUUAUUUAGAGUUUUAGCAUUUCAGCGGAGUCUAAAUAAGUCCAAGCUUGAAUUUGACUCAUGGAGGGUGUCAUUGUUUGUGCAGAAUCUCCUGCGGGUUCCUGGGUGCGUUUUUUGUCUAUCUCAACAGACAGGUGGUUCUCUUCAUGAGACGACCCAACGCCAUGACCCGCUUCCUGACCAGAUAGUGAGUAUUUGUGUCUGUCAAGUCAUUAUUUCAAUAUUUGCUGCAGUUCCUAAUUUGACGCCCUCGUUAAAAAUUUUUUGCUUUUAACUGUUUUUUUCUGAAUUUGACUCCUUGGUGAAAGACCAGUGUUUCUUCUUUUUCCUUUUAGCCGGCUGGUCUUUCCUGCAGUGGUAACAUUGGUCAUCGCCACCUUGACCUUCCCACCGGGGUUUGGACAGUUUAUGGCAGGCGAGGUCAGAGUUCAUGUUUUGUUUUCUUCCCUGUCCUUCACCUACACAGAGGAGACUCUAAACCAUGUGAACUCGUCUUUAACUGCAUGCAGCAUUCACAGCUUUUCAGGAAACGAAGGAAAACAGCAGUAAACAGUGAACAGCAUUCCUUUACAGAAAACAGUGGCAAUUAAUUAACAUGUUUAGAAACACAUGUGGGAGUAUACCUGCUUCAAAAUAACACAAAAAGGUGUGAUGUGCUUAAACCACCUACAUGCUCUGAUGUAUCUUAACCAGCGAGUGAAAUCCCAGCAGCAGUCUCUCAGAUCUGUUGUCUCUUUAGAUUUCUAUGCUAUAAAUUCUCAUCACACGCUAAAAUCGGAGCCUUUUCCCCUCCCAUCACAGAUACUUCAUCAGAGGUUUUGUGGGAAUUGAAGUUAAACAUUUUAAACUGUGACUUGUCAGUGCCACAGGGAGCCAAAGACGUGAACAUUAAAGGGGGCGCACAGCUUUGAUCAGGCAGUGUCGUUAAUGAAUUCACUUAUUUAGGUAAGAAGCUUCAAGAAAUGUAUGUUGUUCAAAUCCACUUCUGCACUUCGCCCAAAGACACAUUUUUUUUGCGUGCGUGUAUUUAGUAAAGUGGGACAGCAGGUUUCAUAAAGUGGGACGCUCUGAUGUUUUUAAUAGUUGGAUUCACUCUGAGAAAAUGAGUUGUAAGCUCUGUUACUUAAAGCUAAUGUCAGGACUUAGAACUCAUCAUGAAAAAGUAUUAAUUUAGUUCAAAUGACUCUUCGUAGUUUUCAGUCGUGAUUAGUGUGGAAGCCUGGAGGGUAAAAACAGUUCAGUAAAUGAAUGACCUACAAUGAAUGCUGUGGAGAUACAGCACAGGCAUACCUGAUUGCGCUCAUCUAAACCCCAGUCUUGAAGGCAAUCCCUCGUGUGGGGCCUCGUUCAGUAACGUCUUCUUCAUUACCUUCGGCCAUGUUUGUUCGUUAUUCUGCUCUGUGUGGGCUAUGGCUGUGAGUCCGUCGCUCAUGCUUAUGUCACCAACUUGCAUUUGUCGUAUUUAUCAUGAGAUUGCAAAUGAGGAUACAUCAUUAACAAUUAUUUAUCCCCCUUCCCUACUGACAACCACAAAACAAACAAAAAAAACAAAAACAGUGACAUGAAGAGAAACUUCAAGUUUCAGACACUUGGUUCUCUUUUACAUCACCUGCCAACUCCUUGAAUCACUUAAAACAGCUCGGUUCUUGCCUAAACAAGACUUCAGUGAUCUUCACAAAUAUCUAGAUGAGAUUACUUCCCUUCACACCACCACCAGGAUGAAAACCUGCAAAAGUACAGACAGAUAUAUAACUUUUUGAUCCAGCUGGGUCAAUAAUGCUGCUGUGUGAGAGGUAAAGGGCAAAACAUUCUUCAUCAGCAAAGAAAAGGUGGGUGGUAUCAUUCUUGCUGACUGGUGAAAUUGUCUCUUCAAAAGUUCACUUCCAAGUGUUGACAAUGAAAAAUAACCUCCAAGUUACCUUAGACCACUUUCAUGCUCAGUGUCCACUGGUGAAUAUAGCAGGGUAUGGAAAUAAAUUACAUCAAUUUCCAGGUCUUACAAAGUAUGGAAAAUGAAAAAUAAAGUAUGAUGAAAUAUAUUUAUGUUUCCAGGCUAUUAUCACAGUUCUAAAAUACUCUUUUCUAAAAAAAAAAAAAAAGAAAAGAAGGUAUUUCCAAAAAUAAUUAAAAUAACACAAAUAAAAAUUCCAACUGUGUAGGAACCCUGAUAUAGUGUUGUUGUUAUUUAGCUCAAAUGGGCCUGUUUGCUUGUGUUGUCAUCGAGUUACCAUUGAAACUGUUUGCAUCAAUCCACAAAAACCUCAUGUCAAAAUGAGAAUGUAGAGAUACACUGACUGAACAUAUAUUAAUUAAAACGCUCAGUUUUAUCUUUGUUAUAGAUACCUGUUCAGCCUCAUCACCAGGGGCAGCAGGUUAUCUAAGAGCAUGAAUCCUCUCCUCUGAGUUCUCUCUCCUCAUAUACGAUUCUUCAGAGGCUUGUCUCCUCAGUUGAUUCAUCCAAUCCAACAACCGAGCCAACGCUUGUUUUAAGGGAUGCCUCAGAAAUCCACAGGAUAUGAGGAGUCCUCACAGCACACUAGUGUGAGGAGAAAUCUAUACUUGAAUAUUCCGAGCACCUUCACAACAUUUCUAUGCGACUGCGGCCGCGCUGAGAAUUCGGUGUCAAUGUUUCUACAAGAAUAGACGCCUCAUGCCCGCAGCCUUCUGUGCCGUCUGUACACAGGGAGUCUUAAGGUGAAAGCUCAGGCAGCUGCGUAUUAACACCUAGAGCUGAGAGUUAAUCAUGUGUUUUCACAGACGCUCAGAAUAAACCGCCUAGUGUGAACAAGGUGUGUGUGUGUUAUAUGUUUUUGAAAGCACGUGUGUUACCAUCUGCAUGCAUAUGUCAGUCAGCAACACUUUAAUGUGUUUUUUUUUUCUCUGUGCCCUGUGUGCGUGUCUUUUACACCCUCGUAUAGACAGUCUCACAACUCCCUUAUAACAAACUCAAAGUGUUGUUUGAACAUAGGAGGUGAAUGAAGUGAUAUCUUUCUAUAUAUACCAUUUCACUGUUUUCCCUUUUCCCUUAAAAAGAUUUCAUAUUGCUCCGGGGGAAUUAAAUCCCUUCAAUCCGACUCGAUAACGUGGUGUUCAGCUGCAGAAGCAGCAGCGGCGCACUGAGGGGAGAUUAAAUGCUAGGUGGAGUGUGAACCAGACGUGAACUCAUAACUUCAAAAAAAGGCACAGUAAAGCCUAUUAUUACAUCCUGCUCUGUCGAUGCCAACAGCAGUCAGUCACAGAGCUGAUUCCAAACUUUUCCACUCGCACACAACGGUACGUUGAAGAUUUCAGGGCCUCGAUUCAACAUCAGCUCAAGUAAAAUGUCUCAAAGUGGAGAAAAUCAAACUGAUGUCUGUGUUUUUCCCCCUGCAGCGAUGUUAUGCAGAUGCAGGAGGCGCUGGGAUGUGUGCCUGUGAGCAAAUUCAGUAGCAUCUAUGCAAAUAAGGAGGAAAAUGGUUGAAGUGAAUUAGUCAUUCAUGAGUCAUCUAAGGAGAAUGAGUCAUUGGCCAGGGCCACACGUACCCGUCUGCUCUCAGAUUUCUGGAUGACUUCCUGCUUGUUUAUCUCGUUGACUUUCUUCCCCUCGUCACAUUUUUUGCCCUCUACUUUUUUUCUAUUCUCCUUUUAAUCCUUUUUUUCUUCAUCUCUUUUCAUCAUCGAUCUUUAACCUCCACAUACUUUCCACUCUUUAUCUCCUUUUUCUCUCUUUUCCUCUCCUCUUCAACCCUGACUGUCUUUCUCGUUACCUCAAAUGUUCUUUGAACCUCUCUCCCUUUCUCCUCGUCCGUACCCUCUUAAAUCCAUUUCUGUCGCCAUGUGUUUGCUUGGCUGCCCUCCAUUAUGGUUUCUGCAGUUAACUUUCAUACAUUUUCUCCAUGACUGACUAGUUAAGAGGGUAACAGUCUAAAAAGAUUACCUGGUUCAGUACAUUUUAGUUUUUGAAUUAUGGGUUGAGUAAAUUUUUGGUAGAGUAAGGGAAACAAACUCAACAACAAAUAAAGAUUCUUUCCUUCCAAUGGAUUUUUACACAUUAAGUAGAAUAAAAACAAUAAUUAUACACGGUUUAAAAUGAAGUCUUUCUUCCUCUGUGUCCCCUCCAGCUGAUGCCCAGAGAGUGCAUCAACUCUCUGUUUGACAACUUCACAUGGACAAAGAUUUCAGGAUCUCCUCCCCCCAUCGGUCUGGGCCGCUCCAUCGCCUGGAUCCACCCUGAUGUCAGCGUCUUCCUCAUCUUGUUGCUCUUCUUGGUCAUGAAGGUCUGUGGGCUGUUGAAGUGUUUUGUGUGCUGGUUAAUUGUGUGCCAUUGCUUCUGUGUGUGUGUUUCAGACAGUGCAUGAGUUUGUGUGUUCCUGUGGGCGCAAACGUGAGACGGAGCGAGUGUGUUUGUGUGUGUGUGUGUGUGUGUGUGUGUGUGUGUGUGUGUGUGUGUGUGUGUGUGUGUGUGUGUGUGUGUUUGAGGUUGGCUCCACCUUACGUCAGCAUCUUCGUCAUCGCCCCCCUUGUCUUCGUCAGGGGCAUUUGUUGUAGGUCACUCAUGUUGUGUGUCGGUGACAGGGACAUCUGUGUGUGUGUGUGUGUGUGUGUGUGUGUGUGUGUGCGUCUUUGUCUUCCACCUUGUAUCUCUGUCCAAGGUCAGCAGUGUGGGCAGGCUGCCAGCAGCUCGAGGAUUCUCAUGUUUUCUUAAAGCAGCUACACACACACACUUACCACACUCACACACAGACACACUUACACACAGACACACUGGGGUUAUUGUUCUUGAAAGCUCUCUUGCUGGUGGUAAAUUUUCUAGUUUCAAGCAGGGAUGCAGCAGUCAGAGGUUUUGAUGGUAUGAAAGCUCAAUUAACUCUGUAUUGAAGAGAUAUUUCAGCGCAAAUUUAAGUUUAGUGUUAUGGUGUGUUUGACCAUAACUUGAAUUUACGCUGGAAUAUCCCUUUAACUAUUGACUAGUUAAUAACUAGUUAACUAUUUAACUGACCCAUAUAUGUUUCAUGCCCAACAACUUAGUGUUUCAUUAAGUUACUUGUCACUGUUGUCAUUAUUAUUGUUGAUAUGUAAUAAGAAAACUUAGUGGGUGUAGUUCUGGUUUGUAAUCCUGCACAUCUGUUUGGACCUUUUGCUGCAACUUUUCUACUGCAAGUUUUACUGACAGCUGAUCAGUUAUCUUAAAUAACUCUUUGAUCGUUCUUGGUGUAAUCAGAAGACUCCCACACUGCCGACUUUAAAAGGACUGACUGUCUAUAAACGCGGCACAUUAAGUUAAUGCACCACAGGUGUGACGUUUUUUUUUCUUUCGUGCAGGUUGGACUGAACAUGAACUCUUUUUGAGAGUGGCAACAAAAAAACACUCUGGAAAUUCACAGCAAUUUUCUGUGGUUUAGUGCAAAUGCAGCUAGAUUGAAGGAAAGACGAAGCAGUGAGAGUUUUUUAUGACAUUAGAUUAGAAUAACCUUUAAGCCAUUUCCAGGUUUUUUUUCUUGUACUAACAAGUUAUUCCAGGAUAAAAUAAGAUCAUUGAGCAGAUCUGUUGAUGUCCAACUGAAAGCAUUCAGUUUUAUCUACAGAAGCUUAUAUUUAAACUUUUAAAUGCUUAUCUAUAUAGAAUUCAAAAAGGUUAAUGUUAUAAUGCUAUUUAUACUCCUGUGAUGUCAGCUGUUUUUGUAUCUAACAUGGCGACUGAAUGUUUUUGUGUGGUCUAUAUAAAAUGUAUGUUCUCCUAAAUUUCAGUAGACACUGGCAGCUUAAACGAUCAGUGUACAAGUCGAGGUGCUGAACUCUGGUCACAAUUGGUUGAUUGGUUAAAACAAAGAUGCAAAAUCCUGGAAAUGUUCUGGUGGAAUCAAAUGGCAAAUGAAGGCACUGAGUGAUCAUCAAGUGUUUGAGGCCUUUUUUCCUUUGAGUAGAAUCGAAACAGCUCCUGCACAUGCAAAUGAAGGAGUGUUUUCAUUAGCAAUAGACAAUGUCAGAGAAGAGGACUUUAGGAACUUAAUAACUGUUAGUCUGGGAUGGAAUGGAGCCCAGACUAAAUCUACCCAGAUAAAUAGAACGAAUUGGAAGUACUGCAAAUAUAUUAUGUCGUUGGAAAGAUGGCACUGUGCCAUUAUUGACAGAUAAAGCAGAUUGCUGCCAAACCCGGUCAAACUAAAGAGAAAUUAAAGUGUUAGUCACCAAUAAGAGCAAGCAACACUUUAAUACUUCCUUUACAUACUUGAUUAUUUAAUACUAAGAGCCCUUGUCUAACCCUUUAAUAAAAAUAAUGGCAAUAAUCAGCAAACUACAGCUGUCAGACUGACAGAGCGGUGUGACCAGAGCUUCCAAGUGCAAGUGUUUCAUGUAUGAAAAAACAGAGUAUUUAGAGACCAGACUAUGUCUGUCUCAGUCCUGACCCGCCUACGGUCUGUUGGCUGCUGCAAAGCACCAAGCUGUUGCUGCCUCCUGUUAGCUGAAAAUCUGCAGCUCCUCAUGAGCUCAAGCAGACGGAGAGAAACGGGGAGAGUGGAUUAUCUUCUUUGUAAUCAAACUUUUCUGUCAACAAUAAAGUCAAAUGACUCAAAGUAUUUCCCAUUUAAAUCUAACUUUGGCUAAGUUUCACGUCUCUAUGUGGUCUAGUUACUUCAAAGUCUUGACUGAUUUGACCGUCUAUAGACAUCCUUAAACCAAAACUUUAGAGAGCUUUACAAAAUGUUGGGGAGUUUGAUAGAAGUGAGGAUGAAAUGAAAAUGGACACAUUGAAGUUUCAAAAAUGUUUCUCUAUUUUUCUUUGAUUUAUGCACAAUAAAGUUUAAUGGUGUUAGUUUCUGCCAAAUUAGAGCCUGAAGUGAUUUUCAUAGCUUGAUACUUGGACUCAUUAAAAUCCAUUUGGCUUUUGAAGUGAACCUCAGUCUGUGUUUCUGCUCUAUCUCGAGUUAAAUUAGGCAGAAAUACCUGAUAAAUGAUCCAAUCAUCAGGAUAUUAGAGGCUGUCGCUCAGCGUCAUACUCGGCAUUAGCUCGGUCAUGGUGUUCCUCAGUUGAGCAGAACGGCUCCCUGCAGUGAAAACUUAAUUCAACCAAAACUGAGAGCAGCUGGCUGGUAAAACUCCUCUCUCUCUCUCACACACACAUACACACUGUGUAUUUUCAGCUUUCCUUUCGCCUUCUGCUGCUGCUAGCAUCACUCUGCUGAAACACAUGCAAACACUCUGGAUCUUCCUCUGAACCACAUGUGAUGAAGGCUUUUCUUUCCCUGCCUCCCCGUGUCCUGAUGAGACUUCCUGUCGUUUGUCUGACUGGAGUCUAAUCGGAAGAGUGUCACAUCAGGUGUUUCAUUAACUUACUUACCACUUAGCUUCAAUACUGAUGGAGUUAAAAAAGAAUUCUGCACUGCUGGUGUUUUAGCCCACGGGUUUGUAUUGUCUUGACUUGCUUGUGACUAGAAAAACAAUAAACCUACAAGCCAAGACGUGGCUGAAACCGGCUAAACAUCGGAGUGACACGUUCACGGGCCACUUGUCAAUAAAAAAUUAGGCUCCAAGGGUCCGUUGCAAUAAUUAUCCACCGUGAGUUUUAUUUACAACACAUCAAUAAGUUCCAAAUGCACAAUUGCAUGAAAAGAUACAAGUUCACACGGAUUCCUCCUUGACAAGUGCCAAAAAAAAAAUAAAUUGACGGUCAAAAACUUGUAUGCUCUCACCGGUCACAAGACACAAACACACCUGCCUCUAAUCAGCGCUAUAUAGGUUAAAGAGACAAGGAAACAAUUCCGCCUCACAUGCAGGUGGAGCCACCUACUGGAAAAACAACAAAAUUGCAUGAACCCAAAAUCCAUAUACACAAAUAUACACAUAUACUGGUAUUGGCACAAAAUUAUGCAUGACAAGUUUUGCACUCAGUUGCAAUGUCUUUUUCGGACUUUAACGAAAAAUAUCGCCACAUGGCCGACAGUACUCCCACUGCUUGCUACGUUGUUUGUACCUUAGUUCACACUGUUGUUGUGAUCACGUGGGCUCUACAUGGAUCCGGGCGCUGCUACAAAGAGGUGCUGGAGCGGAAUCUGAGUGCUGAUAUUGGAGAUUUUUGAUUCUUUUUGGGUUUUUUUGCUGUCCGAUACCCGAUAUCAAAAUCUUAUCGGUACACCCCUAAAUUUUUCUCACGUGUCCAGAGAAAUACCUUCACCUGUCUGUACACUGCAUCUACUUUAAUCUACGGCAUUCAUAUUUCUGGUCUUUUAUUUUGAAAUGACAACUCCACAUCAUGUUUCAGCCGACUCUGUAACUCACUGUUCCUUUGAGGAUUCGAGUCCCUGUCGAAAGGGUGGGCUUAAACGUCUGCGUGAUAGUCGGCAUCAAAAAGAGAGAAGACGACAGCGCACUCAGUGCUCUGUCAUCAGGAAAGCAGCCUGUCUGUGAGAGACAUACUAAUGAGUUUUCUCUUGUAACACAGUAAUUAAGUCCUCAAACGAUGAUGAGAGAUGAUGUGUGGAAUAAUAAUCUGAUCUGUUAAAAUGGUAACGUAGUGUUUUCUUGCCAAUUCCUUUAAAUCAGAACCAGAAAAGCCCAGCAUGUGGUGCCUGUGAAAAAAGCCGGGCUUGUGUGAAGGUAAUCAUUAUCUCUGAUGAGCUCUCUGCAGUCAGGAACAAAGUGUGUUAUUAGGGGAGCUAUUCCUGACUUAAACUCUGAUGAAUGCAAUUGUUUCAUGGGAAACAGUUUAAAUGACAUUUGAAAGGCAAAAACGAGAAGUUUUGAUCUUUUUAACCCAUGCCUCAUGACGAUGCUGCAGCACCAUCCUCAUCCUCAUCCUCAGCAGCUUCUCUGGGGCAGCUGUUGAUCGAGUGCCUUACUCAGUGACGUCUAAGAGUGAUUAGAUUCCCUUUCUAACUCGCAUGAACACAUUUUCCAGAUUCUCUACUUGAGUGGCUCAUCAAGCUGUUACCAAACUGUUUUUCUAACUCAAAAGUGCAAAAAAAAGGCACAAUAUCCCCAAAGAAUGAAAGAUCUAUAACACCGCUGCCAUUGCUAAAAUCUUGGAAGUAAUCUCUGUCUGUUCUACACCUGAUUUAACUCCCAGACUGCUAUUGGAUUUUGGCUUGUAUCAGAACUGCCUAUAUUGUCAUAUUCACUUCAGCUAAUACAGAUAUUAAUACAAACAAACCUUUAAUUUUUCAUUGUGAGUAACACCAAGUUUCCUCUGUAUUGGAAUAUGCCUUUAACUCUUAUUGUGACAGUCUGUUUGAUUCAGAAAACUGACACAAAAGGAGACUAACAUUUAAUUCUGUCGUAUGUAUUCUUUACAAAUAUGUGUGCACGGCGGCAGUAGCUCAGGAGGUAGAGCGAUUGUCCAAUAACUGGAAGGUUGGUGGUUCGAUUCCCCCUAUCCCUAGUCUGUCUUUCGUGUCUUUGGGAAAGACACUUAACCCAUCUUGCUCUCAGUGCGUGUCCUUCAAUGGUAUAUGAUUGUGAGUGUUGUGUGGUGGUGGUCAAGAGAGGCCGUAGGCACAAAUUGGCAGCCACGUUUCAGUCAGCUGUGACUACUAAGGUAGUUUACCACUGCCAGGGUGUGAAUGUAUGAAUGAAGUGUCCAUUGUAAAGCGCUUUGAGAGUCUCUGAUCAAGUGCGAUUAAAAUCUGAUGCAUUAGACAUUCACUGACGUCUCUUCACAACUCUUAAAAAUACUUCUAUAAGUCAAGUUUAACAGUGGUGUUCAUUUUUCUCUUUUUGCAGUUCUGGAUGUCUGCAGUGGCCACCACCAUGCCCAUACCAUCAGGUGCCUUCAUGCCUGUUUUCAUCCUGGGUGAGUUUAACACAGGCAGCCUUUAUAUAUUUGUAAAACAUGUAUCUCCAAAAUUAGUUAUAUUUUUCAGGAACAUUAAAAAGCAAUUUUAUUAGUAAACUACUUUACAGAAUAAACUGAAAACACGGUAAUUAGACCUGAAAUGAAAAUCUAGUCAUCAGUGCUUUGUGUUGUGAGUGAUAGUGGACAUAUGUGUUUUUUUGAUAAUGGGCUCCAAUGACAUUCAGUUAUAUACAAGCUUUGAGUAUCCCGCUUACGUCCCACUAUGCUGAUAAACCAAUGAUAGCGGGCUAUCCUACAUUUCCACAUAACACAUUUGAGUUGCGACUCCCAAUUUAACACGUACUGUUGUCCGCGACUGAGUGUGAGAGAGAAAACAGCAGCUUCGCUUCUGGGGAUGAACUUCGGCUCAAGAAAUCUAACGUACAGGUAACAACACUGUCAUGGUGAGAAAAAAGUUUGAGGUCGGCUUCAGUCGAUGGGAGGACAUUUGUGUAGCAUUACCCUGGACUGUAAUGAGUCUGCCACAGUGUAAAGUCUGUUUGCUGACAUGACAACGCAGGACCAGGGUGGGAGGUACGUGCUUUGUUGACACUUCUGAUGAUGUUAUAAAAUGUCUUUCCAUCGGUCACUUGUACACCCAAAGCUAAGGGUUGUUGGGGACGGUAUGCUGCAGAAUGGAGCAUCUGAAAAGUGUUUAAAAAAGAUCUUUUUGUUUUUCAAAAGAGAGUAAAUCUUAUUUUCCUGUGUCUGUUUUUUCCCCCUUUGUCCUCAAACACACAUAAACAGAUCUGUUUCCAUGUAUGUUCCCAAGGUUACGUUCAAUCCUAUUUAGCUUUAGGCUUUAGCGUAUUGUUAUUCAGAUCAACAUUUAAAAACAUCAGUGUUUAUUUGCAGUCCUUUGCAGUUUAUAUCUGAUGUUUAUGCAGAGUGAAAUGCUUUUUUGGAGUGUGACCUUUACCAGUACUCCACUUUAAAAUAUUCAUCAUUACAGCCGUAAACAACUUCAAAUGAUUAAAAGAGAUCUGCUGGGUCAUGUCGCGUGCGUUUGAGCGUGUGCUUCUUCGCUUUUUUAAAUGCGGCCUUUUGCAUUAUCACGUACUACAUUUGCACAAAGCUUCAGACUUUGAAAGAAAGCACAAUAGUAGCUGUAAAAGCAGUCAUGUUUAUUGUCAAUAAAUCAGUGAUGACCUGAGUUCUGUUUUCUUUGCUGAUACACUGAAGAAAUGCCGUUUAGACAUCAGUGAAUAUCGUCAGUCUUUUUUAUUCAGCUGUCUCAGCACAAAUUCAGCAUUUAUUUAUAGAAACAUGACACUUAGAUUAGCCUUUAAAGGUGUAAACUUUAUUUUGAAAGGACACUUUUUGGCUUCCCUCUCAUAGGAGCUGCAUUCGGCAGGCUGGUUGGGGAGAUCAUGGCCACCCUCUUUCCCCACGGGAUCGUGUUUGACGGCAUCCUCUACCGCAUCAUCCCUGGAGGGUACGCAGUCAUUGGUUAGUCUCCCUUUCCUCCUCAAAGAAACCCCCCCUCUCCCCGUUUUCAUCAAUUUAAUCACUUUUGUAACCGUAUCUACACUCUUUCGUCCAUCUCCCAUUAUUAAUAAGUCAUUGCAAGGGUGAAGUAAGAGAACCAGCAAUUGCAAUCACGUUAAAAAUUCAAUCAGGACAUCAUUUGAAAGCCACAUCAUCAAAGUCUGACUGUCAGGCUGUCCCUGUCUUUGUCCUUCUCCUCCUCCUCCUCCUUAACUGUCAAACUCCUGCUCUCUUCAUAUUUCAGAACCGCUCAGACUGUCCUCCCUCUGUCACCUCUUCCAUCUUCUUUAAGUUUCUCCUGUGUCUCUCCUAUCAGCCCACUCUGGCUCGUUGCAAAGUUGUCCUCCCCACCUAAUCUUCCUCGUCUCCUUCCCUUUUGUUUCUCGUCUACUCCCUCCUCUCCUCCUCUCUAUCACAGCAUGUGGCCCCCUUUGCUCUGACAGUAAAAUGUCACUGUGGGUUCCUUCAGCUGUCCUCACCUCAGCCACUGACCCAGAAACCCGGCCUUCCUCUAGUUGAUUCCCCUCAGAUUGCCAUCCAACGCCCAUCCCUCCUCUUUCUCCUUUGAUCCCACCUUGGUUCCUUCUUCUCGUCACUCCUUUGCUCCUUUUCCAUUUGUUUCAUCCUUUUUGAUCAGUCUCCAUCUUCAGCUUUUUUUCUUGGACCUUUGUUUCUCCCUGUCGCUGCUGGCAUACCCUUUUAUCAAUCUAUUUUUUAUUCCAAACCCUUUUACCGAACCAUUGUUUCCUGUUCCUCUCACCGCCUUAUCCUCUGUCACUUAGCACUCUUUUUUCUUCUCCUCUUCUGUCAUAGUACAUCUUUUUUUCUCUGUCACAUUUUUUCAUGUGUGAUUAUCUUUUCAACGCUCUCGUUUCCACUAUCUUUCUGUCCAUCUUUCAUCUUUUCUUCUUGCCUAAAAUAUCUCCUCCUGUUUCCUAAUCUUUUUGUCUUCCUCUCCUUUUUGUCCCUGCCACUCUGUGCAUGUUUACAUCCAGUUUCUUCCUCCUGCCUUGCCCCUUGACUCCUCUCUCCAUCCGCAUGUAUGACCUCCCCUUGCUGUUUUUUUUUCCUUUAACAUUCAUCCUUCCCCCCUUUCCCCCCUCCCUCCCUUCAUCAUCCCAUCCCAUCCCAUGUCUCUGACAGGAGCCGCAGCUUUGACAGGGGCCGUAACUCACACAGUGUCCACAGCGGUUAUCUGCUUCGAGCUGACAGGCCAGAUCUCUCACAUCCUGCCCAUGAUGGUGGCAGUAAUCCUGGCCAACAUGGUGGCGCAGGGUCUGCAGCCCUCCCUCUACGACUCCAUCAUCCAGGUCAAGAAGCUGCCAUACCUGCCAGAGCUCGGCUUUGGGCACAUGAGGUUUGUGCUACUUUGACAGACCAGAUGUUUCAUGUGGGGCAGGUAAAUAAAGGAGUUCUUCUUCUGCUGUGGAGCUGUAUUUGUAGGAGAUGAUUUUUACAUCUAGAAGUUAGGCAUUUUCACACUCGGGUGUUCUGCAGAUCGAGAACUUUCAGUUUUGCUGGUACUUUUGGGUGUAAAGAUUUGAUUUCGGCUGUGUGUGUGUGUGUCCUACAGCCAGUACAACAUCUUUGUUGAAGACAUCAUGGUCAGGAAGGUGAACUUCAUAUCAUCUCAGUCCACCUACAGAGAAGUCAAACUCCUGCUGGACUCCUCCUCACUCAAAUCUAUCCCACUGGUUGACUCAAAAGGUACAAGAGUGAAUGAGGAGAUUAUUGGUACUGUGAAUUAUUAUUUUUACCCAAAAUAACGAGAGGACAGAAUCACACCAGGGAAGUGUUGCCACCAUUAAACCACUGAAUCUGAGUAUGAUUGAGAUAAAAUUGAAGUUUUGAGCUGUGUCACAGAAGCUUCAGUCUGUGAUGUUUAACUUAUUUUUCCUCCUUUGCUUCUAGACUCUAUGAUCCUAUUGGGCAGUGUUGACAGGGUGGAGCUUCUGGCUCUCUGUGAUUGGUGGCUGUCUCCAGAGAGAAGGCUCCUGACGCAGGUGAGGACGGUCAGAAGACCAAGCACAUGUGGUCAUGCAACAAAAUGAUUGUGACACUUUUGUGACAAUGAAAAGACAAACAUGAAAAGUGGAUAAGCUAAAGGUUGAUGUGAACACUGAUGAAGAACACAGCUGGUGGCAUUGAGCCCAUACAGUAAAGUUAAACAGCCAUAUUCUGAACUGUUAUGGACAUGAAUUUCCUUAGUGGAAGUUGCACAACACGAUGGAGUUAUAUAACAAUUCACACUGGUGUUCACACUGCAUUUAAUUCCUGUAUUGUGACAAACCUGUCCGUGUUGAUUUGCUCACCUGGAUUUUGGCUCAGGGUCGGAGUCUGAGGGAGCAGAAUCAGUCUCAGAAACACAGCUGGGAGUCCUUCGCUUUCGUAGAUGAAGAGGAAGAGGAGGAAGGCGAGAAGGUGGGACCUUAAAGUUGUCUAUCUGUUGUGAAGUGUCUGCAGUUUAUUCUUCUGUAUUUUUAAGGCCUAACAGUGGAGGCAAACUCCUUUGAUCUCAUAUUUCCCUACAUAAAAAAUUCAGUCUUACAGCCUUUAUAGGCGGUAAAAUGAGGUGAAGUAAGUAGAGGCUGUGAUUUUAGUCACAUGUAGUCUCUGUCUACAGAGCAGCCCGGUGCAGGAGGAGAGAAACGGCCCCCUCCCUCCUCCAAAGCCUCAGGAGCCUUCCUUAAACUACACGUCUCCUGUUCCUGGUGAGCUGAGUUUCUGCACAUUCUGAGCAUAUUCUCCUUUUUUUGCUGUUUUUAUUUUUAACCCAACUGGUGGAGUCACAGUCGUACAUAUCUCUGUACUUACUGAUUGUGGGUAAAUAAAUUGAGUCACUAAUUCUUAAUACCAUGUGAUACAGCAAGGGUAGCAAAGGAUAAAGACCUUUCUUGACAAGACCUUACUUGCUUAAGAGAUUUCUUUCCCCAUUUCCAAUAAACUAAUUCUAUCCCAUUACUGUUGUUUUCAAGUCACGCCCAGUUCAAUUUGAAAACAAAAAACAGCUGGUCUCCUUCCCUUGUUUCAGUUACACUUGUCAAAUUUUCAGACAUGCAGCAGAGCCAGGGCAGAGGGAGCCUCAUGGGCCUUGUCACAGUACUAUAGAUGUUCUCAGACAAGUGUUGCUCACACAGAUAAUGUAAUAGGAUUUAUUCUUCCCUCUGUCUCCGCUGGUUUUUCUCAGAAAAAAGAAAAAAAAACAACUUUUCUACUGAUAUGACUCAGCAUAUAAUCAGAACCCAGAUGGUCCGAGGUAUAUAAUGUGUUCCAGGGAUGGUCUGGUUUUUGUAAACCUCUUGUAAAAGGUGCUCGUCAGUCGUGAAUAUAUUGUCCUCAGCAGAGCACAUGACCUUUUUGGAGCAGCCAGCUGAUGUGUGGAUAUGAACGCUGGUCUGCAGUAAGAAGAAUUUGAGUCAUUUUAAGGUUUCCCAACUGAAAUCAAUACCUCUUUGAGUCAGAGGUGCAGUGGAGACACGGUGUCACAUGUGUCUUGGCUUGGUUUCCUGGAUGGAUUGAUCAAAAAGAAAUGUUUCUACGUCUUGCUUUCUUAAUACUCACUAUUGAUUCGAAGCUCAUGCACCAACCCCUUUGAAGUGUCGAGCUCUGGCAUUAAGUUUACAAGUGAUCAGAUAUGGUUCAUUCUUAAUUCUUGUAGAUGCUCCUAAACGCAAACCUCGACUGCAUGAGAGGUUGUAAUUACCUUUAUUAUUAAUUAGUCAGUCCGUCACAUUGACGUAAACACACUCGAGUGUCUCUGGCCUAAUCAGAUGUCAUAUUUUUGGAAUUGAUACCUCUUAAAGAUGAGCUGUGUGGCAGAUGGAGUCUGUGUACACAUCAUGUUACAGUAAACUCUUGAAAUGCCUGCCUCACUCAACAAAAGACAGUUUCCCUGUAAAACGGUAUCCAGACAACAACACUAAGGUAUAGCUUGUGUUGUUGCAUUGCCUUUUUUUUUCACCUGGACAGUCAAGUCUUCCUAUAGCUGACUUACUUUGAUUCGUUGACCUUUACCGCCUAAAUGUCUUCAUCUCGUCUCUUCCAUGUGUCCAGACAAAGCUCCUCUGCAGUCUGUGAGGAGAACACUCAGGAAUCUUCUCACAUCAAAGAGCAGACAGGCAGAGGGACAGUCUCAGGUCAGUGUUUGCGUGUGUGGGCGGACACUUGUGUCAUGGUCUGUCUUUACACUUUAUAAACACUUGUGUGCACCACAUAUAACCAUGUUCGUGUUUUCAUGCUUUUCUAAAAAAUGUUUUUAUAUUUUCUAUGCUCGGUAACCUGAAAAGGAUGUCAGAAAUAUACAUCUCAACCCAAAUUCAUUCUUAUUUGUUUUGAUUUUAUUUUUGUUUUUAUUCUUAAAAUAUACUUUUUAUAAUCUUAUUAACAUUGUCAGUAAAUCAUAACUAAUUCAGUAAUAAUGAUAGUAAAACUAUUUAGUAGCUUUUUUCCCAUUAUACUUUUAACGACUUAUUUUUACUUAAAAAGUUAUUUCUUAGUAUGUGUAAUACAGUAUCAGGUCACAAAGACAGUGACCUUAGAGAGUUAUGUUUAAUGAUAUAGCAGCUCAAAAAUCUUUGCUUUAUGUAAACCAGUCCAGAUAUAACAGAAAUUAUUUGUUUAUCGUUAUGUUAUGUUAUGUUAUGUUAUGUUAUGUUAUGUUAUGUUAUGUUAUGUUACGUUACGUUACGUUACGUUACGUUACGUUACGUUACGUUACGUUACGUUACGUUAUGUUAUGUUAUGUUAUGUUAUGUUAUGUUAUGUUAUGUUACGUUAUGUUACGUUACGUUAUGUUUUAUUAUUAAUAAUAAUAGAGUUAGAGUAAAUUAGAGUACAGUUAGUGUGAAAUUAGACUUUGGUCAUUUCCAGGUAUGAGUAGGUGUAGAAAUUAACAUCAUGGAAAAGUCUUUAUUCUCAGAUAAUCACCUGUGGAUCUGUGAUUGAGAGGAUGUAGAAACUCUAAACAGAAUUUAUGAAGUGUCACCACUUUUAUAAGGAUACACACCAUAAUUUUAGAGCAGGACAAUGAUAAUGCAUCCUAUGACUGAAGGUCAUUAAAAUUAGUUAUAAAUUAGAAUUGGCAUACGCGUAAUUUUUGGUUAGCUGUGAUUUGAAAUCCAUUUGAUGUGGACAGUAUGUGUGACAGUCUCUGACAGAUGUUGGCACACUGCUCCCUCUUUUGUUAUGAAUCAUUGAAAUGCAAAUAUCCUCUGUCUAUUGGCAAAGCCAUCCCAAAACAUUCUCACACUGACACCUCUGGGUUAUAAAUAUUUAUUCUUUAUUUUUGCAGGGUGGAUUUUUCAUUAAGGGGGACUGCUUUCUAUUCAGAAAGACACAAAGUUAUCUGAUUGACAGAGGCACAAGAAUACACAAAUACUCCCCCAUUCUCAGACAAACUCUCCGAAGUCGAGCAUCUUUAUUUUUCAAGCUUCUCAUAUGGAAAUGGGUUAGCCAGAUACUAGAGGUAGAGUUAUUAUUUGGCCUGGCAGGGAAAGCAAUACAUGUCAUCUUUUUGAAUGAAACCCACAUUGGAAGUAAGCAUAUGCUUGUAAGCUCGCAAGAUUAGAAUUUGAUUUCUGUUUUGCCCACUGCUGUGGCGUGAGAAUUACCAGUCUGAUUCUCUAUUAUGUUUUUGGAUUCAGUCCUACUCCUGCAUGGGGAUUGUUUUUACAGCAGCGAGCCGCGAUUCUGCUGUCCUGAAUAUCAAAUAGAUUCACAGUAGGAAAUUGCCACUAGCGGCAAUCAGGCCAAAGCAUUGCUGAACUCUGGCUGUGAAUCAGGUAUUUGUCUUCUGUAUGGCAGGUAACCAGACGCUGACCUUUCGAAUAUUAUGUGGCUGGUGCAACAGUGUCAGCAUCUUGUUAAUUCUUGCAUUGGCAUCAUUGCUGUGGCUGUAGUGAUAAACGGGAAGAAUGAGAAUACAUUUACACAGAAUGCUGAGGUCUAAUUACUGUUUUGUAAAGGUGAGGUAAAAUAACAGGGGAACUUGUAAAAAAUGUCCGGCUUUUCCCUCAUUUUGUAUGUUUGUGUUUGGUUGUUAAAAUAGCAAACUCUCAGCUGUGGUUACAUGUAGAAAUCUCAUUUUGGUAUGCCCACAAUAAAUAGUACUAGUGCAGGGAUGAUAACACAUUUUGCCUUGACCUCAGAGGCUCCUGUUUUCUGAUGGUUUAAGAAAAGUGCAUUUUAAUAUAGCUAUCGAAUGAGCUGAUCAGCCUCCCCGUUUUCUUCUCCUUCUGCUAAGCUCAAAACAUGUAAAAUCGUGACAUCCUGUUGUCAAAAAUAGUCACCUUUUGAGUCAGUUUAUCUCCUGGAUGUUGCUUUAAACAAUAGCCCAGAGAUAGAUAUAUGAAAAUGCCAGAUCAUAUCAACGAAUUCUCAGGUGAAACCUCUCAGUGGAUGUAAAACAGAUCCGCCUCUCACUUUUUCUUUGACUCCUCUCCUGUUGGAAUAAGAUGAGACUUUCUGGACUCAGAGGUGGCAGCCAGCCUGUUUCUUCACCCUCACCAGAGAGACAGAAGUGACAAAGGAUUUUUUAUUAUUUUUUUUCUUAGAUAAAAAUCCCACACUAACAUGUCUCAUCUCUUAUCUGUCUGUCUCCUCCUUUUGUAUGUGCAGGAGCCCUGUCCUCCGCCCCUGUCAGACACAAUGACGCCUGAAGAGGUACGGCAUGGUUUGCAUGGUUUUACAGAAAUGUCUGCUUGCCAUUGUUCCUUUACCCUGAGGUGAUCUGAAACUCCACUCGAGUUUAGAAAUCAAUUCUUGAGUCAAAAGCCAAGAACUUUGCAGCUGCCUUUACAUGAUCCGUCUUAAGGUCCUUACACGCCAGGACCGAUGCAAAUAUACGACGCAAAAUCACGAAAUAUUCUGAGGCGAAUUUUGACGCGCCAGCCAGAUGCAAUUUUGCCAAGACUGACCCAACAGCAGACUGAGUGUUUUUCAGUUCUGAUUAGACUCUAGUGUUAAGAUGUCUGUCUGUCAUGAUAGCAUGUACUGAGUCUGGGCCAGUACCAGAUAAGAACAUUAAACUAUAAUCCAUAAAUGUAAGGUAACAACCGAGACCUAAUGGUGCUGUGACAGCAACACGAUUGGGUUUGAGACAAUGAAAAUACAUAUGGUAUGUUGUAUCUGAACAGGUUAGCUUACGAGCUAAAGUUACUUAGCACAGAUGAAAGUUAAAACAAAGACGUUUAUCAAACUGUUAAAGCACACAAACCAUCGUCACAUGAGAAAUCCGACGCUAUGACUCUCCACAAGUCGUCCUUCAGGUCGUUAUCUUUGUAACAUUUGUGUUUUUUUAUCAAACAGCACUCUGUUCUCCGACACGUAAACAAUCAGCCGGUCGGCCAUGACAUCUAUACUGAAAAAACUCUAUGUUAAAAUAGGUCACAGGCAUUCCAGAUCUGUGUCAAACUCACAAAGAUCCAGAAUUGGGGCACUUUCUAACAGCAGUGUGAUCACACACAUGAAAUCUUUAUUAUGAGAUCUUUUCAGUCGAAAGCGUCAAAAUACUAUUAGUCCCUCCAGUGUUCUCUGUUGGUUUCCUCUCUCUAUCCCUACCUGGCACUUUCCCAGAAGGCUCCACAACACUCUCCCUCCCCCCCUGUAAAUCCCACCAGACUGCUGCUGCUCGUGUCACAGCAGGCCAGGGCUUGUUGGUAAAACCUAUAGAGAGGCUAAAAGGUGUCAGACAUCCUAAAUCUCAGAGGGAACACCAGAGACACGCAAGGACACAGUGCAAGGUUUCAGGGUUUUCUCACCGCUGCAUAACUCUGGUAGACGGCGGUGAACCAGAUCGUCUUUGUUCAUUUUCAAACAGAUAAAAUCUACACAGACUCAUCUAUUAUUAUUUGUCCUUUUCAUGGAGUGUAGGAGGAUGUAUGUAUGCAAACUACUAUUAAAGCAAAUGCUGAUCCUUAAAAGGAUUAGUGAUAAUGACUCCAAACCAAGGUCAGCCUGACCACCUCUGUGACCUUGAUUCUUAUUGGCUGCCGCAGAUCACAGCGUGGGAAGAGGCGGAGAUGGACAAGCCGAUGGAAAUCGAUGAGAUACGAGUGGACCCUUCCCCUUUUCAGCUAGUGGAGAGAACGUCAUUACACAAGGUUAGUGUGAAGUAACCCUUAAACAGUAAAGUGAAGGUAAAGAGCCUCUCAGAGGUCAGCAGAUGUUUAAAUCACAUCUUAAGAUUUGCCUCAGAAAGCCUUCCUUCCUGUCUGUUAUUUUGGUUCUUGUGGAAAUAAUGAAAAUGAUAAAUCAACAAUUUUGAGACACAGUUGAAUGCAUCUUUUAGCAGCUUGGUAUUGCUACAGAUAAAAAAAACUGACUCAUUAACAUCCAACUAUUUUACUAAAAGUCUCAUGCCAAACAGAUUCAGCGAAUUCCCCUUUUUAACUUUUGUUAUUCAUGUUUGAAUACACACAUGGAUGGAAGGAAAUAAUCUGUACUAAUACCCUUUACUUACAGCCACUGAUUGCUCAUUGUUAUUGAUAGAUAGAUUAUUGAUAAUAGACAGAAACACGUGCAUGAAUCUUUACUGGACUUCUGUGAUCAUGUUAUUUAUUCAGUUUGCAAUACAUGGGUCGCAGCAAAGGGCAGGACAUUUAACACAUUCACUCAUCAAUAUAAUACGCACGUCUGUCAAUGUGCAGGACAGCUGAAGGGUCCAGCCAUCAAGUGUAGAAGUGCCAAGUGCAAUAGUCACAAUAAAUAAGUAAAUAAAUGGAUUUGAAAACCUAGAAAGUAAAAAACAACCAGGUAAACUUUGAACUAUCAAUGGCAUUUAAAUACCUAAUGGCUGAAGGAAUAAAAGAAUUGACAUAACUGAGCAAGAUAUCGCCUCCAAGUGGGCAUUAAGGAAAAUCUCUUGUGAAGUAGAUGAUCUGGGUGUGCAAAGAUCUGCAUGACAAGUUUUAACAGGGCUGGACAAGCUGUUAAAACUCGCCAUGUGGUCAUGGAAACCAGCGAACAAGAAGAGGAAAAGAUUUUCAAGUAUCUCAACAGAGUUAUCAAAAUAACACGACUAGUUCAUGACUGUCAUAUGAUUUUUUUAUUCAUCAGCCUGCUGGUUAAACUUUGAGUUUCCCCAUCGUUGGUGAAAAUGUCAUCUUUUCAUCUCUCUCAUUGAUUUGGUUUCACAGACCUGCACAUAUUCCUGUUGAGAUUAUUGUAUUAAAUGCUCACUGCCCACACUAAGUCGGGUUUUUUAAAAAGUCUCCAGCUGCACAUGAAAAAUGUCAAAGUGACCUUAAGCUCACACAAAGUAACUUCAGAAACCGGAGCUUGUUAUAAUUCGUUGCACAACCUGAUUUCCAUCAGGAAUUAUUUGAAUAUUACUUCAGUUCAAAAGAAAAUUGCUCCAGAAAGCAGGGAAUAUUGUAAUUUUCUUCCAUUUUCAUUUCAAUGUGUGAUUCAUUACUUCAUAAUUUGCAUGAAAUGACUUGAAUAGGUAGCCUGCAGUAGUUUGACUGUGGACAGAAGUUUAUGUUUUUAUAUCCCGGGUAUUAUUCAGGAUAACAAGCAUACAAAUGAAACUGUUCAGCACCUGGAGCAGCCGUCAGACCUUUUCUUGAAUCUCCCACACUGGGCUCUUUAAGUUGUUUACUCCUGUAACGUCUUAUUCACCGAGGCUGUGGGUUACCUUGACAAUAUGAAGAGAUGAGAGAAGCAUAUUAAAAACAUUCACACAGUGGAUUAAUUCACUCAGUGUCAACAGACUCAAUGGAGAAAACACAGCAUCUGUUAGUUUAGGAGGGAACAGGUGGCGAGGCUUUUGUUGGUGCAAGACAAAGAAAGUCUCUAUUUGUUAAAGACUAUAAAUCAGCCGACUAUUUUAUUUUCAAUUUCUGUUAAAGAGGUUAAAACAAGCAUACAUGCAGCCUAUGUUAAAGAAAAAACCUGAAGAUGAUCCAGGAUUUACACAUAUCCCUGAAAUACUGAAGCAUGUAGACAGGUUGUACCCUUGCUGGUUGGUUUAUUUUGUCAUCAAUGUAAUUUCAUUCUCAUGCUAAUAUUAUCCAGAGUAUUCUGCUUAUUCAUGUGCAAAAGAAGGCUUUAGGGGGGAGGUGUGCUGAUGCAUACAAAGAGCUCAUCUAAAAUGUGACCUUAGCUGGGAUAUGAACAGAAUAAAUUGUGCCGAGAAACGCACUCAGUGACUUUUUUGUCUCGUGGUUCAUUUGGAGCCUUGAGCUAGUCAGCUUUCAUCUCUCUCUCUCUGUGACAUUGGGUCUUGACAGAGCUGAUGGAGAAGUCCAGAGCCUGUAAAUUGUCUGGAUGAAAAAGACUCAUCUGAUCCUCAGUCCAAGUUUGUCAUAAUGUGACGACUGUCCCCUUUUUCACUCCACAGACCCACACGCUGUUCUCCCUGCUGGGGCUGAGUCAUGCCUAUGUGACCAGUAUCGGGAAACUGGUGGGAGUGGUGGCGCUGAAGGAGGUAAGAACUCUUAUCCUGCCGAUGUCAGGGCUUUUUUCUGUUUUGUUUGUUUUUAAAUUCUGUCUAAAGAGGUCACCCCAAAUUAUUGCAAGCCAAUAAAUUCAAUUAAAUUCUUAUUGAUCUGAGUCAGCAGCCUUCUUCUUUUUUCAGAACUCUUUUCUUGUCUUGACUUUGGGUGGAGAUAAAUAAAAAAGAAAAAACUGAUUGUCAGAGAGUCUCAGAAGCAUUUUGAAUUAUGGAUGAGUAUUUUGAUAAGCACAAUCAAUAUCCUCACUGUACAUUUCCUUCUUUUAUUCGCUUAAUUCCUUCUGUCCUGACUUGUUUGUCUCUGGUAUCAGCUCCUCUGGCACUCCUCCCUCCCUGAAUCUGUUUUUCCUGUGGAUUUAUUUACCCCAUCAUUACAUCAUUUGCUUUUUCCUCCUUUUUCCCUGUAUCAUUUCCACCACUACCUCCUUGCCCUUUCCUUUCCUUUCCUUUCCUUUCCUUCUUUCCCUCCUCCAGCUUCAGAAGGCCAUCGAAGGCUCCACACGAUCGGGUGUCAGGCUCCGUCCUCCUCUUGCAAGCCUGCGAGAAAUCAUCAACCACAACUCUGUCUCUAAAGCUCCACCUUCCUCUCCCACUGCUCCUUCUUCAACCUCCUCUCCGACUGCUUCCCGGUCUCCUCCCCCCUCACCCCCUCCUCCUCCCCUACACCAUCAGCAUCAUCGGCCAAAGAGCGAAACGGAGGUGUGGAUCGAGGGUGUGAAGAGGGAGGAGGGGGAGAGCAGCGGUGGCAGUGCAGGGAGUGGCGCUGGCAGCAGCACGGGGGCCUUAAGCCUGGCCAGCAUGAGCUGCAGCGACAACAGCAACCUCAACCUUCCUCCCUCCUCCACUCCUCCCCCUGUACCUCCCUCCACUCCUCCUCGUUCUCCCUCUCCCUCCAUACCUCUCUCCACCCUACAGGGACUUCUUGAAGGGGAUGAAGACAGUGAUGAUGAGCCAAUGGUCUAGAUUAGACAUGAGUGGGGGUUCUGUUUUUUAUAAUGACAAACUUUUAUAAUGAUGUGAGUGUUUUUCUUAUCUUCUUAAUUUGUCGUGCAUUUACCAUUUUUUGUCACCUUAUUGGUAGAGUAUAGUUUUAUAGUUCACUUUAAAAUAGCUUCAAGCACACACCAGGUCACGAUAGAUCCUUUUUUUUUUCUCGUCUUUUUUUGAAAACUGUCUCUUCCCCUCUCCGAUUCUGUCUGCUCAUUUCAUCGACCUUUUCUGGUUGGUUUACAUAAACAGCCUUUUCCUCUCCUGCCCACCUCAACCUCUCUGUCCAGUCUCAUAGCUUAUUAUUCACAUUAUGGGGUCAGCCAGUCCCAGAACUUCAGUUCCUGCUGCUGCUGCUGCUUUAAAGUAGUAUGAUAAAUAGCUGACUCUUUCAUUCAUUAAUGGAUGUAUCUUAAAAUAGCUUGUAGGCUGAUAAGAUAACCCAAACAUGUAAACACUGAAAUAUAAAUACUGUAAAAUUCUGUGACUAAGACACAGUAUUUAGACCUUCUUUGUCAUCUUAAAAGAGAGUUGUGACUAGGGAUGGGUGAUAUAGGCUAAAAAAUUUAUCACAAUAAGUUUUGCCAUUCUGCCGAUAAUGAUAAAAAUCCAGAUGAAAAAUAUUAUAAUUCCAAAUCCAUGUUUUUGACUCAUUCUGUCUUGAGAAAACCAGUUGGAAUCGUCAAAUAAGAUACUUAAGUACAAGUUUAAGUGGUAAGUUACAGAGAAAACCAGUGAAAUGUGAAAACAUUUUUAACAUUUAUUGAAAACUCUUAUGGCACAGAGUGAACAGCAGCAGAUCCACGGUCUGAUGUCAGGCAGACCUGAUUGCACUCGUCUAAACUCCAAUCUUGAAAUCCCUCAUGUGGAGCCUCGUUCAGCAACAACCUGCUCAGAGACGUCUUUUUCACUACCUUCUUAUUCUGAUCUGUGUGAUCUACGGCUGC